AUGGCUCAAGCGAAAGCGGCGAAGAAGAGCACUGCUGACAAGCUCGUUUCAGCGAUCAUUGAUACCGGCUCAAGGCUGCAUCAAAUCCUACAAAACCGCGGCAGUGUACCACCAACCUUGCAGGCAGAACUGGAACGGCAUUCGAAGCAGGUACCUGCCGCCAACAUCAACGUUACUUCGGGAGGUCGAGGAAAGACGUUGGACCUUCUCGGAACAGAGAUAUGGAACGCUUCGACUGAUCUCGCCAAUGCUCAGCCAUCUCAACCAGACGCAAGGCAGCCACCCGAUGGCACCGCACGAUUGUGCGCACUCGUCCGCCUCUUUGCGCUGGCUUUGGUUCACGCCGCGCAGUGUACUUCGACCCGACGCCCGAAGACCCCCGAGCAGAAGAUCAGAGUUUUGAGGAUAGCACUGAGGGCAUCGAAGUUGUGUCUCGACAAAGGCCAGCUGGACCUCGCACUCAUUGCACUCGAACUAUGCUCCUUGUACAUCGAGGAGAAUUCGGAGCCAGAACCGCUGAUAGCUCUUCCUGAGCAGGACCACCAAGAUGUUCAUCAGGAAUCUAUACCGAAGACUUUGGCCAGCGAAUAUCACCUACUGAGGUUGUUGCAUGUUUGGAAGUCGAAUCGCCUGGACAUGGGAGAACUCUUCUAUGGCAAGGUUCAGCUCACUGGCUCAUCUGAAGCCAACGGAAUCAUCGUCAAGGCAGCCGAUCUUUUCUACGACAUCGCCAAGUCGCUCAGCGACAACGACAAGGGGGAAGACGCUCUCAAAUGGUUUGAUCGCGCUUUCGCGGCGCUGGACGCCUCGGAUGAGGAUACAAUCAGCGCAGAGGCUGCAGAUCUACGGCUGAGUAUUGGCAUAUCCUACAGCGAGCGACUUCUGGCGUUACGGAAGAGCCAACGUGCUCUGGAGGUUGCCGAUAGCCUCCAGGCCACGCAUAGUCUCGGCCAUCGUGUUGCUAUACCGAUCCUGCGGUACAAGAUCCUGGCGCAUCAGCCCGAAACUGACUCCGAAGAGAUACCGCGUACUUUACUCAAUGUCGUCCAGCUGACCAUGCUCAGCGAAGACAGCGUGAAGAUGACGAUGCGGACAUUGCGCAAAGCAUGUCAAACUUCACCACCAGCAGCGUUCGUCGCCCUGCGAGCUUUGAUCUGCACAAGGCUAUUGCCAGCAGUGGACGAGCACGAAACUGCGAACACCUGGCUAGAGAAAGCACUCAUGACUUAUGUCCUGAUUGCAACAUCACAGCCCAACACUUCACUGCAAGCCUUCCCCACCAGCCUGACAGAAUUGCUCGACACAAUGAGAAACAAUGGACAUCCUCGCCUUUCAACGAAGGCCACACAUGCAAUGCAGACUUUGCUCUGGAAGGCCAGCACCAAGUUCAACAACGAGGAGGCCUACGGAUGGUGCCAAAUGAUGAUUCACCCAGCUUUUGACAACGCAGGUCAUGUGAAUAAGGGUCGAAUCGGCAGAAAACUCAUGCGCCUCGCGCUCGACAAUGGCAACGUUCCCGCCGCUCGAGAGGCGUUCUUCCAAAUGCCUACAGCCGCACAAAACGACAGUCAGACCCGGUAUCUGGCUUUCAAGCUUGCUCUGGGCUCGAAAGACGAACAGCUCGCCAUGAGCAGUCUUCAGAUCGUCAUGAAGCAUGCCAAUACGGAUCCCACGCAUCUUUAUGCAUGUGCUCUGGAAGCACAGAGAUCAGAGAUGCGACCAAUGGCAGUGGCAGCGCUGCAAGCAAUACUGGACCAAAGACCGCCCGGAGUACACCUACCAUCUUUACUUCGUUGUACAGCACGACUCAUCAUGUCGGAGACCGAUGGACAAGGUCAGUGCAUGGACCUACUGGCUCAAGAAGCUGUCAAGAUCUUCGAAACGGCAGGACGCAGUAUGGAGGAGCUGAAACAGCUACCUCAACAACAAUGGCGAAGCGAAGUGCAAUGGUGGAGCAAAAACGCAUACAACCUAGCCGUGCGCCUCUGCCCGGCUGCCGAUCCUGAACACGUUAUGCGACUGCUCGACGUCUGCGCAAGUUUCUUGGACCACUACCCCAACGACGCAGCACUCCGACAGCAAGAGCGUGUCGAAGAAUAUAAACUACUCUGCGCCUACCUCUCCACAACAGCCCUCAUCGUCAAAGCACGCUCAACCGACAACAACCCCGAAUACAAACAACAAUGCUUCCUCCACGCUCAACAACGCAUCGACACCUUCAAGAAAGUCCAAGCCAGCCAGACCCAUCCCACGGACCAAGAACACACCUUCACCAUCCUCAAAUUCGAACUCGAAUGCAUCCUGCACCUGGACCAAUGGCACAGACUAUCCCAAACCUUGACCGACUGCCUCAACACCAAAGACGUCGAACGCUGGGACUCGCUCGCCGACUUGCUCAUCAUCAUACACUCUCACCUCGACGCCAGAACCCAAACAGCCCACGAACAUGAACAUCAACAUGAACACGAACACACCGAACAACUACUCCAGCUCCUCCAACGCUGCAUCAACGAAACCUGGAAACGCGACAAAAACAUCCAAAAAGUCGCCCGCUGGGUCCGCUUCACUUUCAUCUUGUGCCUCGAUCAUGAAUCCGCUGCAGAUACGGCUACAUCUUUCUCCUACAAACUCCUAACCCAAGCCGCGCUCAUGACACAGAAUGGCUACAAAGGUAAACACGACCCCUACCCACAAUCCGAAAUCCACUACCUGGCCGCCACGAGCUUCAACCACGGCAUCGAUCUCUUCGUGAAUGGAGACCAUGGAGCGGCGUUUAAGUGGAUGGAAAGUGCAUUGGCGGUGGCGAAGUGGGCGAGUGAUAAUGGAGCGCUGCAUGCGAUGUUGAGUGGGAAGAUGGAGGGUGUAAAGGAGCGGGCGAAGGGGCAGAAUGUGUGA